AUGGCUCACAUAUCGACUUGGCAAUUGCAAAGAAAGUUGGUCCCUGCUGAAAUGGAGGAACCAAAACUUGACCCCAUUAAGAAUUCAAGGAAAAGGAGAAAGACGGAGAAAUCAGCUUCAACGAAGGUAGGAAAUGGGGCUGACAAGCAGCUGAAAUCGUGCCAUCAAUGUCAUAGGAGUGAAAGAGAUCACGUUGUUGAAUACCCCAAGAUAUCGGAGGAGGAGUUUAUCAAGGCUUGCCCUUUUUGUCGCAAAAAUUGCAAUUGCAAAGCAUGCUUGCGUGGAUAUUCACCUAAAGUGAUGCAGGGGUAUUCUUGCUCCAAACCUGAUAAAAUUCAAUACUCAGAGCAUAUCAUACAAAAAGUUUUGGCUUUUGUGAAACGUCUGAAUGCAGACCAACUAGGGGAGAAGUUAAUAGAGGCUAAGGUUAAAGGAUUGUCUCUAUCAUACUUACAAUUGCAAGACGCUGAAUGUGAGGUAUUAGAACUUAUCUUUUUGUUUAAUGACAAAUGUGGAGCAUAUAUCUUUGACUUAUAUAGAAGCUGUGAAUGUGGUAAUGAUUUAUGCCUUGUAUGUUGUCAAGAUUUACGUGAGGGAAAUAUGGGUAUGAAAUCUGGAUGGAAGUUCUCUAUAGAUGGUAGCAUUAAUUGCCCACCAAUUUAUAUUGGUGGGUGUAAUGAGGGGAUCCUUGAGUUGAAACGUAUAAUGCCUGUUGAUUGGGUUGUAAAUAUGUUGGAGAAAGCACAAGAGAUAUACAAAAUCAACACAAGUGAUGAUAUUGAUAUUCAUCAAACUUCUACCAAAUGUGGCAUGUGUUGUUAUGAUUUUGAAGCUAAUGAAGAAAAUUCUAAUGGAUAUUAUUUGUAUUCUCUAAGUGCUAAAGACAUUCAACCUCAACAAGACAUGCAACAUUUCCAAUUGCAUUGGUCAAAAGGCGAGCCUAUAGUAGUCAAUGAUGUGCUUUCAACUUCCUCAGGGCUAAGUUGGGAGCCAAUGGUUUUGUGGCGUGCUUUUCGUGACAUCACAAAAAAUAACAAUCGUUCCCAUACAUGUGAAGUGAAUGCAAUCGACUGUUUUGAUUGGAAAAAGGUGAGUGUUGAUCUUCACAAAUUCUUUAGGGGAUACUCAGAAGGUGGAUUCAAAAAGGAGAUUUUGAAGUUAGAAGAUUGGCAACCUUCUUGCUUAUCUGAAGGAGAAUGGCUACGUUAUUUUGUUGAAUUCAUUAGCUGUUUGCCAUUUAAAGACUACACACACCCUAAAACUGGCUACCUGAAUGUGGCUGUUAAGUUGCCUGAUUUGUCUUCCAAACCUGACAUGAGUCCACGUAUGGAUAUAGCUUAUGGAAACUCUGUUACAAAGCUUCACUAUGAUAAAUCUGAUACUGUGAAUGUCCUGACACAUACUGGAUCUCAUAUCCUUGCAUCCACAAAGCUUAAUAAUACCAAAAUGGUGAAACAUCAAGAUGAAGCUUUAGUUUGUGAGGAGGAAGGUGCUCUGUGGGACAUAUUCAGGAGGCAAGAUAUUGUUCAUCCUAUACAUGAUUGGAUAUUUUACCUGAACAUAGAACAUAAAAGGAAGCUGAAAGAGGAAUUGGGAAUUGAACCAUGGAGCUUCAAACAAAAGCUUGGUGAUGCUGUUUUUAUUCCAGCUGUUUCUAGUACGAAGAUUGAACUUAACUUUGUUUCACCCGAGAGUCUUGGUGAAUGCAUCCGCUUACAACACGAAUUCCGUAUGCUUCCCAACAAUCACAGGACCAAACAAAAUAAGCUAAAUAUUGGGAAAAUGAUGCUAUAUGCAUUAGACCAUGCCAUGAUGGAUUUGGCAGGGUUUAGUGAUUCAAACAACCCCAUUUAUGAUCUGAAGGUACAUGAGACUUCAAACGCUUCUAGAAAAUUGAUGCCUGAUGAAGGAUUGUGUCGGGGGAAUGUUGUUGGGACGGAGGUGAAAAAGCUACUGGAGGCUGUUGAACACCAAUACCCAGACACAUUUCAAGGGGUUCAAAUUCGUGCAAAAGAAAUGUGGAUUUCCAUUUUGAGAGAAUUCCAUGUGGUCAUCAAAAGUUUUCUGGAAACAUCCGUGGGUGAACUGGCGGAGGACCGGUUCGGGAGGAUCUUAAAUUUGAGAGAGCCAUUGAAGGAAAGGUUAUGUGGGAGAUGGAAACAGUUUGUGGAAGCUCAGGAGAUGUUGAAGGUGGCUCAGUUAGAAUAUGAUAAUGCUUCAGAUGCUCUAAAGAAGAAGGCACGGGAGGUGGCACACAAAUUUGGUGAUGAAUAUGAUCAGGUAUUGAAGGGCCAUCUUGGUUUCGGUAUUUUGCAAGGCUACUAA